AUGUUAAAGCAGUUGUACAAAAGCAGAUACCUUAGUACUACUUCAGAAAAUCACAAAAAGGUCGCAGAACAAUUUUGGAGUGCAUUUCAGGAUGCUUUAGAUGUUAACAUUCGUGGAAUAGAUAAAAAGAGAAGAAUAUUGUCAAUUAUUGCGGAUAAAAUUCCCUAUGAAAUAAUCAAAAAAAAGUUACUAGUUAGAUUUGAUAUUUCACAAGGAUCAGAUAUUGAAUUAGCAAUUGAAGGAAUUCGUGGAACAUCAGUGGCCUAUCUAGAACCAGAACGUACUAAAGUUUCAGAUAAAAAAUGGAUCAAUACUUUACUGGAUAACUCCAAUUGGUUCUCAUGGGAGUGGCUAUGCGAUGGCGAUUAUGCAGGAUACAUUCGAGCACAUGCUAUACCUAAUAUUGGUGAAUGGAACAAUUUUUCACUGGCGAAAUUAGAGAAAUUGAAAAAGAAAGAAAUACAAAAACCGCAUCCUCAAACUUAUAAAAUUUAUAACAUACUACUAAAUGAAAGCGUGUAUGAAGAAUUUCCACUUACAUUAGGGUGGGCGUUAAAAGAAAAUCAAAAAUUCAGAAAAAAAGGAGCAGGUAAAAGAAUUAGUAAGCACGUAAUAGCUUAUUUGGAAGAAUAUUUUUUGGUAGGUAAUGCUGAUAAAAGUGACAGAUAUAGCACGGAAGAAAUGUGA